AUGAUGGCAUCCUGUUUUAAUGAUCUGCCGGAUUUGGUUUUAUUUGAAAUAUUUCAAUAUCUAAAGUCUUUGGAUGUUCUUUAUUCAUUCUCAAAUUUUAAUGAACGACUGUACAAUUUAUUAUGGGAAAAAUUCUAUUUUCGUAAUAUAGAUUUAACGUGUAAUGAUGAACAUUCACGCAUUAAAUCUGACUAUGUGUGUAGCACGAUUUUACAAUUUGAAGGAGAAUUUGUUCAUACAUUUCGUCUCAACGGACAGUUAGACCAUACAGAACAACUGCAACGACUGGUGUUACCGAAUUUAAAAAUUGUUGAAUUGAUCGAAUUACCAAAGACUGUUGAUCAAUUAGAGUUAUUACUAUUGAAGAUUGUCAAUACAUCUCAGAUAACUAUCCGAUUGGGAACAAGUCUGGAGGUUAGGCCAACUUAUUCAUUAAUAGUGUUGUAUGAGAAAAUAUUUAAUCAAUUGGUGUCACUGAACGUCUGUGAUGUUCACAGUCCGUUUGGUGUGGAUUUUCGACUGGUCAAUACUGAAAUUAUACGUUAUGAAUUAACAUAUGAUGAUUUGGAUUAUAUUGUUCGACAUUUGAAACACUUAAAACAUUUGAAAUUCAAAUACAAUGGAAACCUAUUAUACACAACGAUUAAUGGUUUGCUACUUGAGGAAACAUUAUCAGGCUUGAAAACAUUGAUUGAACUACACUUUAAAAUUAAAAUACCUUAUAGAGAUGAAGAAAAUUACAAUGAGUUUGUUUCAACAUUUCAGACACAUUAUUGGCAAUGUAACUGGGAUAGAAGAGUGCGAUUUGAAACCAAAGAAGACAGUGUGCAAAAAAAAUAUAUUCAUGCAAUCUUAUAA